CGUUGCGUGAUGACGUAAUGCACGCCUGUCCCGGUCAGGGAAUAGACACCACAGUAACCGAGACCUCUGCUUUAAUUGCAGGGGGGGAAAAUGAACAAAAAUAGCUGAGUAUCGAAAGUGUCGGACAAAUGGGAAGGUAGUCGUAUGUGUGGACUGACAGCAGGAUUUAGUUUUUCUGUGAUGCCUCUAUGUAAAGAGAAAUGUGCGUUGAGGGCCGAUCCUGUUGCAAAGGAAGAGAGAGUUGGUGACACCAUUCCCCAAAAUGGAGGAGCUAGUGCAUGUACACCAUGCCCACUGCAAGAAUUGUGUGAAUCGAAGGUGCAUGGCCAGAUUGGAGCCUGGAAUUUCCUGCAACCUUAUGGGCUGCCCGAUGGUCUGCGGGGCCAUUUUCCACUCAUGCAAAGCAGAUGAGCAUUUCCUGCUGUGUCCAUUAGAGAGAGUUCCGUGUCCAAACAUUGGAUUUGGGUGCCCCUUCAUGGUUGUCCGGAACAAAAUAGCGGAACACCUGGAGACAUGCCCAGCGAGUGUAGUGUGCUGCACCAUGGAGUGGAACCGCUGGCCAAUCAGCUACGCCGACAGUACGUCCUAUGAGAACUUGAGCAAGGACUUUGAUGUGGUGGACCAACUGGACAUGGCUUUAGCACUGCAGGACCAGCGAAUGCUGUUAGAAUCACUUAAAGUGGCCACCACAGUUUCUAAAAGUGCUAGUAGUCAGGCCAGUACCAUUGUAAACAUGGCUAUACCAUCGAGCAUGCCAGAAAAUGGAAUCGGGUGCAUCAAUGUGGAUACUAUGGAUGUGGAAUUGUAUGGUGAACUUCAUCAAGCCACAGUGGAGACUGGUAGAAGCUUAGCUGUAGCAUUGGAAAUCCUCAGUAGUACGUCUAAGGAAGCAGGUGUAGUGAAUGGAAAGGUACCAGAGGAAAAGGUGAGAAGAAAUGAGGCCUUUCAAGAUGGUUAUGAAGAUGUUUCAAACUUUGAGAAUACAGAGGUGAAGAGUGAUAAUGAGUUGUGCUAUGAGUCAGGAGCUGUUGGUGGAAUGGACCAAGGGGUUAGAAUAGUUGAGGGUGGGGAUGAAUGUGCAAGCAACAGAAAGUCACACACAGAGCGGAAUGGAUUUUCUGGAGUCCUAGCAGACAUUGUGGCGGCCGACCAGAUGAUGGGCCUCAUCAAGAGAGAUCAGAAUGGAUGCAAUGGCUUUCACCACAGCAAGGGUGAAAAGGGGAACAAAGAACAGGAUGAUAUUAGUUUGGACACUGCUGAAUCAAGGCACUCUGAAAUGAAUGGAUUGUGCAAAUGCAGUCAGACUGGAGAUGAACCAGAUCAGGACCAUUCCAUGCCCAUAGUAUCACGGGACUCUUCUGGGUCUCUGCCACCAAUGCUACCAUCACCUCUUCCAGAUCAGCUUCUUGACCUCCCUCCAAACGACAUCCUGCUGAAUGUUCCUGCCAGCAGUGAAGAUGGAUGGCUGGAACGUAAGUUUCAGAAUGUCCAGGUAAUCCGUGGGACAAGCGUAUUCAUGCUGAAUGGUCGCAGGGCGUUUCUCACCAACUCACAACUCUUCCGUACCAAAAUGGAGGAUAAAGCUGUGGACACAUCUGACCUAGAGGUUCCUGAUGACCCAAUGGGCCUCCACGGAAUUGACUUGAUCACAGCAGCCCUUCUUUUCUGCCUGGGCGACUCGCCUGGGGGGAGGAGCAUCUCCGAUAGCCGCUACGUGGAUGGAUACCAUGUUGACUUUGGCACACAGACCUUUUCCUUCCCUUCGGCCAUCCUGGCCACGGACACCAUGGUGGGUGACAUUGCCUCAGCAUCAGCCUGUGAUCAUGCCAGUCCACAGCUCUCUAAUCCAAGCCCCUUCCACACCCUCCGGCUUGACUUGGUGCUGGAGUGUGUGGCUCGCUACCAGACCAAGCAACGCUCUAUGUUCACUUUUGUCUGCGGGCAGCUCUUUCGGAGGGAUGAGUUCUCCUCCCAUUUCAGGAACGUUCACGGGGAUAUCCAUGCCGGCCUCAAUGGCUGGAUGGAGCACCGCUGCCCCCUAGCGUACUACGGCUGCACCUACUCCCAGAGGCGGUUUUGCCCGUCGGUGCAGGGCUCCCGCAUCAUCCACGACCGGCACCUGAGGUCGUUCGGUAUACAGCCUGCUGUGCCCACAUACCCGAGUGGGCCGACCGCAGGUGACAGGUGCCCAUCAGGGUCCUGUUGUGACAACCUGAGUGGCCUCCCGUUCGAGGUACUCCAGCACGUGGUCGGCUUCUUGGAUGGCUUCAGCCUGUGCCAGCUGUCCCAGGUGUCCCGACGGAUGAGGGAAGUGUGUUCCAGUCUGCUGCAGGCACGGGGUAUGGUGGUACUUCUUUGGGGCAAGACACACUGCCCAGAUGGGACUUCAUCUUGGCACAUCAAAAACAAGGUGUGGCGUUUCAGCACGGCUUUUGGCACGGUGAAGGAGUGGAAAUUUGCUGACAUCGCCAGCAUGGCUGACCACCUCAAGAAGUGCCGGUUCAACACGGUGGAGCGACGGCAGGAGCCUGUCCCGUUGCCAUGCAUGUGCUUUACCCGAGAGCUGACGAGAGAGAGGCGAUCCCUGCGCUCUGUUCUGAAGCCAGUAUUAUAGAUUCCUGCAUUUCCCCCAUUGACUAUGAAAACUUCUUUGUAACAUGCAACACUUAACUAAUGUCUUGCAGAUUUCUAUAAAAUACUGUACGUACAUUAAACAAACACAAUGUAAAUAAACAGAUUUUUUAUGUUGUUUAUUUUUCUAUAUAAAAAACUCAGUCCUGUGUUGUAUUGAAGUUUAACAAAAGGAGCCUUAAUGUAUAAAAUUACACUUGACUUGCUGGACAUAGGACAUUGGGCAUGUAUGAUUUUUAACAUGUUUAAUAAUUAUUUUUCCCCCAGCAAAUCUAUGUAUUAAAGUUACCACUUUUGGCUAAUUUAGCUCAUA